UUAAAUGCAGUAUUUAUUCAAAAAAAAAAGGAAAAAAAGAAAAAGAAAAAACAAAACAAUUGGAUUGGGAGACACCCUCGACCUUGUUUGUAUCGUCACUGCGCUUGAAACUUGAACACCCUCUUCUCCGGAGACUAUCAAAUCCUCGUCUAUCAAAUCCCUAAAACCCCGAAUCGUAACCAUCUUCUUCAAAACUAUCAUUUCUUCCAAUUUUAAGAACUCUAAUUCCCCCAAAAGAGAAGACGAAGAAGGAGGUAUGUCAAUGCCGAGUCUUCCAGAAGAGAUACAGGUAGAUAUCUUUGUCCGGUUACCAGUUAAUUCCAUUUUAGCAUGUAGGUGUGUAUGCAAGCCCUUGUGUAGUCUGCUUACUAAACCUAAUUUAUCAAGAAUCACCUUAAUCGUUCUAUUCGAAGGAAUAACCCUAGGCUCAUGGUAGAACAUCACCGAUGGCAUAACGUUCGUAAAAACUGUAUGGUUUACUCUGUAGAUUAUGAGUCAAUGUUGUCAUCGACUUUGAGAUCAACAGAUUCAUAUCAGUUUUUAUGUGGAGGAGCCGUUGGGAUGGACUUCCCAUUCGAAUACGAGGCAGGUCUUGCAUGGAUCAAAAAGAAAAGGAAAAAAGGGGAAACUGUUGUGUUUAAAUUUUUGGGGUCUUGUGAUGGUUUGGUUGCCUUGGGCAUUUCUUUUGGUACAGGUUAAUUUGAGGAGGAUAAUAGUUUCUGUAUAUGGAACCCCGCAACUAGGGAAUACAAGAAAAUAUCAGUUCCUCUAUGUGAUUAUGUGGGUUAUAAAGAUGGUUAUGAUUUUUUGAUUUCGAAAGAUUGUUACAAUGUCAGGUAUGGAUUUGGUUAUGCUAGCAGUAUUGAUGAUUACAAGUUAGUGAGAAUUUCGGAUUAUGAAGAUACUGGUUCUUUCAAGAUUGAAGUAUAUGCAUUGGGUUCAGAUUCAUGGAUCCUGCUGAUAAUAUAACAUCAGGUUUGCUUUUCAAGGGAGCUCUUCAUUGGUUAGGCAGUACCACACACCAACAUUCUUCAUCUGAAGUUAUAGUUUCUUUUGAUGUUAGCAGUGAGAAACUCGUGGAUUUAAGUUUUCCUGAAGAAGCUAUGCCACCUCCAAGUCAUAGGUAUGGAUCAGUGCAUAAAAAUGUGGGAGUGUUGGGAGACUGCCUCUGUUUAUCUUUUAUUGAUGGAUACCAAGUAGAUCUGUGGGUGAUGCAGGAUCAUGGGGUGAGAGAAUCUUGGACCAAACAAUUGACGACGUCUACCCAACUGUCAGUUAUCCGAUAUUCACGGUGUAAUCCGAUAUGGUAUUUGGAAAGUGGCGAGAUUCUAAUGCAAGCUCCCGGUGAUUUAGUUUUAUAUCAUCAAAAGAAUGAAAAAGCUAGAAGUGUUCGCUUCUAUGGUGUCGAUAUGGGUAUGGGAAGCAUUGGAGAUAGUUAUCUGGAGAGUGUAGUUUCUCUUAAAUCGGGUACUUAUGUGGAGAAAAGGGAAAGGUCUAUAAAUGGUGACUUGAAGAAGCCACCACGAAGACUGGGAGCUGCGAAAGUAAAUGUAAGUGCACACUGGACUGAUGAUAUGGAACAGGAAUUCUGUGAACUAUUGGUUGAACAAAUGGUUGGUGGCAAUGUACCAAAUUUAUUGGGCAAUGCCGCUUGGGGUCUCAUUAAGGACGAAUUCAACAGAAAAAUGGGAGAGUCUUUGUCUGUAAAUCAGAUAAAGAGUCGCUAUUAUAUGUUAAGGUCUAGAUACAAAGAAAUUACGAGAUUUAUGUCCUUAGGAGGCUUGAGGUGGGAUCCAGAUGAGAAAAAAGUUGUGGUUGAGGACGAAAGAGUGUGGGAGGCAUAUGUCAAGGAGAACCCUGAUGAGGCGUGCUACAAGACAUUAAGUUGCCCCAUUUAUGAAGAACUGUGUGUCCUAUUUGGUGAUUCACCUGUAACCAAAUUUCAUGCCCCGGCGGAGAACAAUGAUGUCGAAGCACCAAAUCUGCCAUUCAAGCAAGGGUCAUCAGCUUCUAAUCGACAAGAGGAAGUGGGUGAAAACUCCAAUGCUGAAUGUAAUUAUCGGGGAAAGCGAAUAGCUCCAUCAACAAGUAAAUGUGGUCCAAGUAAGAAAGCGGCAAUCAAUAGUUCAGGAUCUAAUGAUGCGACUACAAGGAUUUAUGUUCCAGCUGUUGACUUACAAAACGACCCUUAUUCCAUACCAAACUGCACCAAGCAUUUGCAGUCUCUUAAAGGUGUGAGUAUUCAAAGUAUAAUGGCUGCAUUAGAGAAAUUUCAAGAUGUUGGAUGGAGACAAGUUUUUAUGUCAUUAGAGCCUAGUUUGCAAAAGGAAUGGCUAAAAAGUAUUGGGUCAUAGAUCUUCACAGAGUUAUGAUUUUAGUCAGGAUUAAGCUUCCUUCUGGAGCAAAAAAGAUUGUACCAAGUGGGUGCCGUGCUAUGAUUGGCCAAGUUGCCAGUGGAGGCAGGACCGAGAAGCCCAUGUUGAAAGUAGGAAAUGCUUAUCACAAGUAGAGUGAAGAGAAACUCCUGGCCCAAGGUUCGUGGUGUUGCUAUGAAUCCAGUUGAGCAUCCUCACUGAGGAGGUAACCACCAGCAUAUUGGACAUGCCAGUUCUGUUUGUCAGUGAUGCACACCUCCUGGAGAAAAGGUUGGUUUAAUUGCUGCUAGGAGAACUAGACGUCUUCACUGGCAGGCUGCUGCUCUUUUACUGUUUUAGUUUGUUUGCAUCAGUCUUUCCUAGUUUGACCAAUGAGAGGUACUGUCAGAAGGGUACUUUUAAUUUUAUUAUCUACAGAUAGUGUAGGAUGAUCAGAUUUUUAAUCUCUCUCUGAACUGCAAGUUUGUAGCUUGAGCAAUAUACUGACUCUAACAACACAAUUCUACGAGUCACGCGUCACUCUUUGCUAA